AUGUUGAUCAAUUUUGCACAGCUCAUUUUUCACACCAGAAAUACACUUGCAUCUCAACCAACGGUUUUAAACGCAAUCAAACUAGACAAACUAAUAUGUUCAUCACCCUUAAGAUCAGUCUAUGAAUAUGGAUCUGAUUAUGAAAUUACUAUCUUGCCCGAAACACAUGCUUACAACGAAAUGAAGUUGAUCAGAAAAUUGAAAGAAUUGAAUUUGGAAACAGAGCAUGCUAAAUUAAUCAAGUUUACAGAAUAUUCUGAUGCUGAACCUACCAAAUAUCAACAUGGAUUGAUCUCAAAAAGUUGGCGGAAUUUGGCUAAACAAGGUAUCUACAUCAGAUCCAAACAAACUAACCGCACAAUAAUAUACGGUGAUUCAAUGAUANUAUUUGGACCAGAAGAAUCAAUUACUAGAGAAACACUAACACCAAUUCUAGAAUAUUUUGGUGAUGUGAUUGUUACACUCAUUACGAAUGAAAUAUUUCUAUACUAUGGUGAUUUCAAUAUAGUAAUCAAAGAUACACCUGAAACCACCAAGGAUAGCUUACAAACCCAAGGAACCUAUUUAGAAAGGAAACAAGAACUAAAAUUGUUCUUCUCUGCAUUCGCAGGAACAUCUUGUUGUCAGCAUGCAACACUAGAUGAUUUCAUGCAGCUACAAAAAGAAGAACCAACAACAAAUCCUCCUCUUCCCAAAAGAAGAAAAACUAUAAGUUCAAAUCGUCACAAUAUUGCUACAAUCGUCUCACAGAUGAUGGACGCAUGUGUUUAUGCUCUUCUUAUGGCUAUUCCUGAUUGUGAACAUGAAAUAAUCAAUUGCGAUUUGGAUAAAGGCAGAAAUGAAAUAAUCCAAGAUCUUUGUAAAGAACUAUUGGAAGAGAAAAUCCUACCAAGCAUCAUACAACGAAUAUAA